AUGAAGGUUCUUGCUCUUUUUUCACUUAUCGCGCCGCUAGCCUCGGCGGUCGUUAUUCCAGAUAAGGUCAUCACCUACGAUGGCUAUCGAGUUGUUCGUAUUGCUACUCACGGCCGAGGUCAGGUCAUUGAGAAACGUCUAAAGACUCUCAAUGCCGUGCAAUACAACUUCGAUACGCAGGAACGUAUUGAGAUUGCCAUUGCACCAGAAGAUCUUCGCAGAUUUGAAAAGAUGAACCUGGAAUACGAGGUUUUGGAUGAGGACUUGGGAGCUUCCAUUAUUGCAGAAGGAGGAUUUUCCCCUGCUUCUGCGGCUUUGAAUGAAUUGGCCCCUGCUGCUUUCCCGGAUCCUUCCUGGUUCAACGCCUACCACACCUUUGCAGAGCACCAGCAAUGGCUGGUUGAUAUCCAGUCCGGAUUUACGGAGAACUCUGAGUUGAUUGAAGUUGGAAGAUCAUUUGAAGAUAAGCCCAUCAAUGGGAUUCAUCUUUGGGGUAAAGGCGGAAAGGAUUCCAAACCUGCUGUACUGUGGCACGGAACUGUUCAUGCUCGAGAAUGGAUUUCCGCUAUGGUCGUUGAAUAUCUUACAUACGGUCUCAUCAAUGGAUACAAUUCAAAUGAUACCCAAGUGCAUAGCAUUCUUGACAACUAUGAUUUUUACAUCCUACCAGUCGUGAACCCAGAUGGAUUUGUUUAUACACAAACGACUAACCGUCUGUGGCGCAAGAGCCGACAGAAGCACCCAUCCAAUAGCUGUGCUGGAACAGAUAUUAACAGAAAUUGGUCUUUCAAAUGGGAUACCCCUGGUGGCUCAUCCACCAACCCAUGCGACGAGACCUUCCGUGGACUUUCGCCUGGAAACACCCCUGAAAAUACCGCCCUUACAAAGCACGCUGAAGCUCUCGCCGCCAACAAGGGUAUCAAGCUCUACAUUGACUGGCACAGUUUCAGUCAAUUGAUUCUUCUUCCAUAUGGCUACGACUGUAACCGCCAAGUUGCCAACUAUGAGAGGCAAAUGUCAUUGGCAAAUGGUGUUGCAUCGGCCAUUGCUGGUGCAAGCUCUGCUAAGACUAGAUUCAAGCCAGGCGCUACAUGCCCAAGUUUGUAUAAGGCUGUUGGUGGCAGCACUGACUGGAUGCAAGAUGUUGGAGGGGCAGAAAUCAGUUGGUGCAUUGAGUUGCGGCCUUCAGGUGGAUUUGGUGGCAGUGGUUUCGUAUUGCCAGCCAACCAAAUUAAACCUUCCGGUGAAGAAAUGUGGCAAGGCAUGCUUCAUUUGCUCACUACUAUGUGA